AAUUACCUUUUUCUUUUCUUUUUUCCUCUCCCUCCCUCCAUCAGUAGCGAGUAGUAACCUUCGCUCACUUUAUUUACCCACUUCUGUUGCCGUUUUCUUUUCCAUUUUCUCCACUUUUUCUCUCUUUUUCGGAUCAUGUCGCCAUCGCCAUCUUCUUGAGGUUUUGCAAUUAAGGUAGCUUUUUUCUGUUCUGGGUGCUUUUGUCUGUCAAAAAAACUUGGUGGGUCACCAUCUGUUUGUUGAAAAGCUUAAACAAACAAAAAUGAAGGAUUUUCCUAGUUGUUUUGGUGAAAGUGGAGUUCAAGUUGCUGAUUCUUCUUCAUCAUCUUCAAGUGCUGCUAGAAGUUCUCAGAAUAAUACUGUUAGUUGUGUUUAUCAAUGCCGGAUACGCGGUAGGUUGUGUCCGAUUACUGUUAAUUGGAGUAAGAAUUUGGUGGGUCAACUUCUCACUGUUGGGAUCCAUGAUUGUCUUUGUAAGGUGGAUGUCAAACCCUGGGUUUUCUCCAAGAAGAAAGGUUGUAAGAGUCUUGAGGCUUUUUCUGCUAAAAUUGAUGUCUUUUGGGAUCUUUCGUCUGCUAAAUUUGGUUCUGGGCCUGAGCCGUCGGAAGGGUUUUAUGUUGGAGUUGUUGUGGAUCGACAAAUGGUUCUUCUUCUCGGGGAUAUGAGGAAAGAAGCUUUCAAGAAAACUAAUGCUGUCCCUUUGCCGUGCAAUUCCAAUGUAGCUGUUUUAGUUGCCAAGAAAGAACAUGUUUUUGGUAAGAAGAUGUAUGGUACCAAGGCUGUGUUUUGUGAUAAUGGUCAAAUUCAUGAUCUUGUGAUUGAAUGUGAUACCACAAGUGGCGUUAGUGAUCCGUGCCUUAUAAUUCGCAUAGACAGCAAAAUUGUGUUGCAAGUGAAGCGGUUGAGGUGGAAGUUUAGGGGGAAUCAUACUAUCCUUGUUGAUGGCGUUGCAGUGGAAGUUUUCUGGGAUGUCCAUAAUUGGCUCUUUGGUACUUCUCUUGCAGAUGCUGUCUUUAUGUUCAGGACGUGCCAUUCUGAGGACAAGUUGUGGACUACACAACCGCUUUCUUCUGAUAAUGCUAGUAUGCUGCAGUGGUCUUUCUCUGAGAGGUUUUCUGAGACCAAAUAUCUGGGUCUUGGUUUCUCACUUAUUUUGUAUGCCUGGAAGAACGUGUAGAGAUGCAGAAAUCCAUCAUAUUUUUAAUACUAACAGACAUCUUAGUAAGUUUUUUAUUUAUCAACCGUGUCACUGAAAUACAGUUGACAGAAAAUGAAAUGAAUCCUUUAGUUUUGUUUCUCUCACCCCCUCCCCCCGCGUUAAAUUCGCAUCCUCAAUUUAGCUAAUUAGCUGAGAUAUUAUCAGGGUUUUUGUUUUGGAAAUUCAAAUGGAUGUAAAUUUGCCUUGAAGUGUUAGUGUUAUGGUUCAUUUUGUUUAAA